UAAAGAAGGAAAGAUCGCAGUCUUUGUCUUCUUCGUCGCCAUCAUCACAUCAACCGAGUCCUCGGCCAAAGGAAAUUGGAGAUUUGGGUUUUGCAAUUGUGUAGUGCUGCCAGUCUUGGUCUACUGAGUCUGCUCUAGUGAGAACGCGAACAAAACCACAAUGGGGGAAGAGAGAGAAGAUCCUCAAAAGCUCAAGAGGUUAGCCGCCGCUUCCUAUGACUACGAGAAUGAUUCCAGAUGGGACGGUUACUGGUCCAACGUCCUCAUUCCACCCCAUAUGGCUUCUCGUUCUGAUGUCAUUGAUCAUUUCAAGCGCAAGUUCUACAAGCAUUACAUCGAUCCUGAUCUUGUUGUAGAGAGUCUAGAUAUGAUGUCUUCCAGCAGUUCUUCUCAGCCAGCAAGAUCUGCCUCACCGUCAUCAAGGCCAGAACCAAAUGUCCAAUCUCGACCUCGCAGCACUGGAUCAACUGUCCGACCUUCUGGAGCAUCAGCAGCUGCAGGCCCCCCAACUUCUUUACGCUGGGACCGACAAACCAUUCAAUUCUCUGUCAAUGCAUGGGUGUUUGCUGUGGCUAUGCUUGGUAUUUUUCCAUUAGUACCCAAAUUUCUUUCCCAUAGGGCAUAUCGUCUUUCAUUUAUGGGUACUGCAUGUUCCUCUCUGUACUCUUUGUACUCACUAUAUGGGAAACCAAGGGCAUGGAACUUACCAGCCUUGCAAGUUUACUUCCAGUCCAUAAUCGCGACAAAGGAUUUUAUCUACUUUAUUUACUGUCUUAGUUUUGUCUCAUCACAACUUUGCCUUAAAUUUGCUCUGAUUCCAAUUUUAUGUCGAGCUCUUGAGCAUGUUACCAAAUUCCUUAGGCGCAACUUCAGUCGAUCCUCCUUUUACAGGAAGUACUUGGAAGAUCCUUGUGUUUGGGUGGAUUCAAAUAUAACAACUCUCAGCAUACUCUCUUCACAGGCUGAGAUUGGACUUGGCUUCCUAUUAAUUCUCUCUUUAUUCUCGUGGCAACGAAACAUUAUACAAACAUUCAUGUACUGGCAGCUUCUCAAACUGAUGUACCAGGCCCCUGUGACUGCUGGAUACCAUCAAAGUGUAUGGAAUAAGAUUGGAUUGACCGUUAAUCCACUGAUCCAGCGGUAUGCCCCAUUCCUUAAUUCUCCACUUUCUGCUGCUCAGAGAUGGUGGUUCAGGUAGACAAGACACUCUGCUUAGGGAGAAGAAGAAGAAAAAGAAAGAGAGGGAUAUCUCUGAGGAUUUCUUUGGAAUAGUUUUACUUUAUAAGCAAAAAUCAUAUUCAGAUAUAUAUAUGACCAAAUGACCAUUUUGUUUAGAUAUGGUGACAUAGUUUUUCCCUGUUUACCAGAGGUUGAGUUUGGAUCUAAUCACAAACUUUGAACAAUAAUCUACGAAAAACAACUCCAUGAUAUCCAAUUAUUGAUUUUGUUA